CGAAUGUGACUCAAAAUAGUCAAAUAUAGUCGAACAGCCAGCCAGACAGCGAAGGCAAUAUAGUUUCGAGGGUGGCUGUAUUUUGAGCGAACGAAUAAUUUAUAUUUAUACAACGCGAUUUUAGAUUUAUAUAUUUUUUGCGCUACAUUUUACAUUAAAUAAAUAAAUAAAAACAAUGGCUUUUCAACGUCCGUUUCUGAUAUCAUUGAAAAGGAGCGAUUCUUCCCAAAAAUGGGGUUUUGGAAUCAAAGGUGGCAAAGAUUAUGGAGAACCUUUAACUAUUCAAACGGUGGCCGAGGACAGCCUGGCCGAGAGAUGUGGCCUCCGUGAAGGGGACGAAAUAAUUCAAGUGGGGCGAGUCAAUGUCCAAGAUCUUCCUCUUGGCCAAGUCUACGAAUUGCUUGCAAGAUGUGGAAACAAAAUUGAGAUGUUUAUCGUUAGGGAGGAUUUAUUUUCUCCUAGGAAAGGAAAGGAGCCUCCAGUUAUCAAGGCUGUAGUUCACAAUCCUUAUAAUUCUCCGUUGUCGCUAUAUUCGACUGAGAAUAUAGCAGAUACUCUUGCCAAGCAAACUGAAGUUUUGACUGAAGGCCAAUUCUCCGGAGAGGAAGAAGAAGCACCCGAGAAUUUAAGUUUUAAAGAGAAAUCAGCAGUUUUCAAACUUCUGGAAGAGCAAGCCAACCAAGAAGGCUCAACAAAAAGUCAAUCGCGAGGCAUACCCCAGAACACGGUAAGCAAACCUAAAGUUGCUCCGCCUCCUCCUCCAAAGCCUAAACCACCGUCUGAGGAACAUAUAUACAACGGUUUUGAUUCGCAUCAUCAGACUCAUCAAGAUCAGCAGAGAACAACUUCUCGAGUUGAGUAUCAAACUACUCAAAAGGUCUACAAUCAGUAUCACCACCAGCAGGAGCAGCCAGUUCAAUAUCAACAGUCUUCUGUGUAUCAAGUAAAUUCUCAACAUAGGUCACCUGGCUAUCACUCUCCAUCUCUUGAUCAAUAUCCAUCUCCUGGAUAUAGUUCUCCAGUAAACCAGUAUCAACAGCACCCUGGUUAUCAAUCUCCAACAAAUUAUCAACAUUCACAACAAGUGAGCUAUCAGCAAAACAGCUAUCAGCAUUCACCACAAAUCAACUAUCAGCAGACGCAGCAAAGCUAUCAUCAGCAAUACCAGACUCCACCAAAGCCAGUUAGUCAACAACCGGUAAAUCAGCACCAACCUGUUGCAACUCAACAACAGUUAAAGCAGAGCUCUUACCAGCAGAAUCAAAUUCAAAACCAGCAGAGUAGAGAUCAGAAACAACAGUCUUAUCAGCAGCAGCAAGUGCAGCAACAGAUCCAACUGCAAUCUCAGCAGCAACAAAGACAGCAAACUAGUCAACAGCAAGUUAAUCAACAACAAAGACAACAACAGCAAACAAAAUAUCAACAGUCAAUUGCACAAGAAACACCGACAGCAGUCUCGAGAGCUGAAUUUAAAGUUCGACCUGCUCCUCCCCCUCGCAACGUAGCAUCGAAAGAAGACAGAGACACGAUGGCAGCUGUAUACAGGCAACAAUAUGAGCAACAUUUGCAACAGGUCAAUGAGCAACAACAACUCUAUAUGAAUAACAUCGAGGAAGAUGAUAAACCUCGAGCCCACAUAAUAAAUGGAAAUAUCUUUGAGCACAACUCCACUUCGGGAACGCCUAUCACCUACAAAGCACCACCAGCCGCACCACCGAAACCGCACUGGCCACCGCCACCUUCUUCUGCUGAUUCCAGACUUCCUGUCGAAGCUGUGGAACCCUCUGGAAUGGAUGUUGGCUCUGUCUGGCCACCCAGAAGAUCAACUACUACAGAUCUGCCUCGCACAGGAUUUGACCCUGCUGCUGUGAGAGCUGGUCAAGGUAAUGGCAGGAGAUGUGUAUGGCCACCUCAAAGUGACGAGAUGAGAAGUGGUCGGAAUACGCCCCAGUCACCAAUUACUGGGCGAAAAAUACAAUGGAAUCCAUCGCCAUCUCCGCCCCAAUCUCGCCGAAACCUCUUCAGUCCUUCGCAUUCACCAGCAAGGAGGAAGGACAUUCAAUGGCCUCCAUCAUCACCAACCGGCAGCUUUGAAAAGGAAAACUUACAUCGCCAAAGCCCCAGAUUAUCUCGAAAAGCUCGAUUUGACGAUUACGUUAAAGAACACGCGUCUAUCAACGUCCCCCAGACGUACAGGCCACCCCCCGGAACGCAACAUGUUGAAUUUUACUAACUCUCCAACAAAAAUUAUAUAUUUUUUUUGCCAUUUUAUAUGUAGCUUUUUUUCGUUUUAAAGAAUAUUUUUUAUUUAUAUAUUUUAAAUUAUUAAUGACGUUUAUGAGCAUGGUAGGUUAUGAAAUGUUAAGUUGUAGGAUUUAAUGUUUAUUUUUAUUGUUGUAAUUGAUUUAUUUAAUUUGAAAGUUAGUUUUUAAGAGAGAGAGAAUAUAUAUAGAUAUUUUCUGGUUACUGAGCACAAUCAUCUAUUGGUGUUGUUAUGGACAUUUAUUUUCAAUAACAAUGUCCUUUUUUGAUGUUUUCAGAAUUGAGUAUUUAUUUUAGAAGAUGUUUAUGCAAUGUAAUACUGAAUACGCGGUGUGUUCUAAAUUUCCCCGAAUUUAAUUUGUUUUAUAAAUGCACAAAUAUCCCAUUUCUCCCUCCAGAGGCAAAACAUUUAUUGUGGAAAAGUGUUUUCAGUUGAGCUUCAAGCUUAGGGCUCAUUUCGUUUUUUAUUUUAUUCUAGUCCUCUAAUUGUUGUUUGAAACUUAACAUCAAGCUAUCUUCCUAUAUUUCUUUUGUUUUUCCUUGUCUUCGUUGCUGGUGAUGUUGGUUAGUGAAGAUCCCCAUGGAGUAAAUAUGGUGUCGUUGUCUACUAGCAGAAGCUUUGUCGAUAGAAGCUAAAUCCAAUAGCCGCUGGCUAAGAAUCUGAUGAAGGUUAUGUGAUUGGGUCUAAUUGUGAAGGACACGCCGAUCUCACCGCAACAGCUAAUGGAUUGAUACUUUUCAUCUUCUAUAAGCUUCUUGGUUUCCUUUGUUAUUAUAUUAGAGCUUGCAUUUGUGAUAAUUUUUAAUUUGAUUGUGUGAUUUACUUACGUAUAAUAUUAUUCUAGAGUGGCACUAUACGUAUUUUUAACAUUGUUUAUUUACAAAAGCAUAUUGUUGGAGUUUUUUUUUUCUGUUACAGUAAAAUAAAAUUUUUUUUCAAUCA